GUGUUAUCCUUAUCGACUUCUCCCUCUCCAAAAAAAAAGAAAACCUUUACCAACCAAACACGGAUCGAACCCCACAUCGGGUCCCAUUUAACGGACAACACUCCUACGCGAACAGCACCCACGCAAACGUACAACGUCACAGCAUAACGAAUAGCACGAUGCCCCACACGAAAGCAAAUUUUGAGCUGUCGAAGGCGAUGGUCGAGAGCGUCGAGGAGCACAGCCCGGCCGAGGUGUCCGCCGAGGAGCUGCACGCCCUCCUCCACACGCCGGGCAAGGGGGCCGUGGUGGUCGUAGACGUCCGUCCCGCCGAGGACUUUGCCAACUUUCAUAUCCCUGGCAGCGUCAACAAGCCAUUCCAGGAGCUGAACUACACCCAACUCAUUAGCGACGUCGCCCCGCACGCGAAGCAGGCGGGGUACGUCUUCGUGUUUGUGUCCGCGCAAAGCCCGGAUGUGGACGACCUCGCCGCACGGGAGUACAUCAACGAGUUCUCGAAGAUUCAUCACCACCCCCCGGAGGAAGGCGCGGUGGGCAUUCUGCUUGGCGGCGUGCGCAACUACCUACAGCGUUACCCGUCGUAG